AUGUUCUACUCAGGGCUCCUCACCGAGAGCGGCCGCAAGGACGGCGACCUGCGGGAGGCGGCGUCGCUGAGGCAGCAGCGCCGGAUGAAGCAGGCCGUGCAGUUCAUCCACAAAGACUCCGCCGACCUGCUGCCCCUGGACGGCCUCAAGAAGCUGGGCUCGUCCAAGGACACGCAACCUCAUAACAUUCUGCAAAGGCGCCUUAUGGAAACUAAUCUGUCUAAGCUUCGAAGCAGCCGUGUCCCUUGGGCAUCCAAGACCAACAAACUCAAUCAUUCCAAGUCAGAGGGUCUAAAGAAGUCUGACGAUGAUGACAUGAUUUUGGUUUCUUGCCAGUGUGCUGGCAGGGAUGUUAAAGCCUUGGUUGACACAGGCUGUCAAUAUAAUCUCAUCUCUUCAGCCUGUGUGGACAGACUAGGACUCAAGGAACAUGUCAAAUCUCACAAGCAUGAUGGAGAGAAACUUUCUUUGCCCCGAUAUCUGAAAGUGGUGGGCCACAUUGAGCACUUAGUGAUCACACUGGGUUCUCUCCGCCUAGACUGCUCAGCUGCUGUGAUUGAUGAUAAUGAGAAAAAUUUGUCACUGGGUCUCCAGACUCUCCGAUCACUCAAGUGCAUCAUAAAUUUGGAUAAGCAUCGACUGAUCAUGGGAAAGACAGACAAGGAAGAAAUACCCUUUGUGGAGACACUUUCCUUGAAUGAAGAAAACACUUCAGAAGCAUAACUACAGCCUGCAACAUGUCUUCACGUGUAUACACAUUCAGGUUGAUGGAUUGGGAAAACGGGUUUGAACCAAAUGCAGUAACAGCUUGCUGUGGACCAAGUCCUUUCCUUUAAUAGAAGUUCUAGGGGCUCCUUCCUACCCAGACCUCUCUAGACUUUAGUCUGUGCUUAGAGAUCUUGUCUGGUUAUAGCCAUUUUUUUUUUUACUCCUUUAAUCAUUACUCAAUAUAUAGACCUUUUUUGACACUGCCAGGUCUCACUUGUGGCCUCUUUCUCUUCUCUGCAUCUUCUAGGAAUUUGCUUUUAUUAGUCAUUAACAGAGGCUACUAAGGUGUACAAUUGCUUCUUUUCUUGUAGUUAAAAUAUAUAAUAAGAACCUGACCUUUACCUUCUUAUAUUUCAGAGAUGAAGGAUGCCUAUGUCUCAGAAUUAGAAUUUCUUCUAAUUCAUUCAUUGGUUUCUCAAAUACGUGUUAUUAUGAAAUUUCUGAGAGAUCAUUUAUCAACCUUUGUUGAAAGGGCAAGAAAGGGCUGGGAAGAUAGCUCAAAGGGCUAAAUCACAUGCCUG